AUGUGUGGGGGACAGGCAGAGACAGGGUUAAGUGAUAUUUUGCCAAGGGCCAGGGUAGAAUAUUGGGACGACCCGGGGAAUGCGGGACAGAAUAGUGGGCCCAGUCCUAGACAGAUAUUGCGGAUAGCCCUAAAUCUGAAGUUUCUAGUCGACAAGACAGUGCCUAUCACGUACGACGUUGAUGAAGUGAUCUGCGAGCACUCACCUAUUCUGAAUGCUAAAGUGAUUAGUUUGGCGUUUGACGCAUGUGGGGGAGAUCUGGAAGACAGCUUAUCUCAACGGAAAUAUCAGUCGGUGCUAAUCUUCUGUUUACUGAGGGUGUACUCGUGGUACUGUUCUUUGGCGGAGUCUGAGCUGCAUAAUGUUGAGCUGUACAAUUUAAGGGCAACGGCAACUCAGCAAUUGUGUAAGUUGAUCAUUGCUAGAAAGGAGAACACGGAUUUAAAUUACUUGUUCAUGGAGAUGUUACUAAGGCGGUAUUCGAUCAACGAAAAUGAUGUUGAUUUAAACCCAAUUAGUGCUCUAGAGCUUGCUCUAGACAUGCACUGUACUAUGAUCAUAGGCUCUUGCGGAUAUCAGCGGUGUCUAAAGUGGCUAUGGCGAGGAUGGAUUGUUCAAAAUGAGUAUAAUCCCGAAACUUUUAUUUUGAGUGACACUGUAGCCUCUGUAGAAUUCAAGAAGCAUUUUACUCCGGAUAGGAUAAGAAGUCCAAUCUAUCAGAAUUGGUUACAAAUUAUCUUUUCAAUAAUUUAUUUGAUGCUUUACACCAAGAUCGUAAACAGUAAAGAUUCCGAAAACGUUGCGCCGCUUGAUAAUUGGGAGUUAUUAUUCUGUUUCUUCACAACUGGGUACGUAGCUGACGAAGCAUCGAAACUGUAUCAUGUGGGAUGGAAUUACUUAGGGUUUUGGAAUGUUUACAAUGACACAAUGUAUACAGUUAUAUCCUUAUCAAUUGUUUUGCGAAUAGUUAGUGUUUCUCCAGCGCUUAAUAUCCAUCAGGCGCAGUAUUGGGAUAUGAUAUCUUACAGAACACUGUCAUGUGCUGCACCCCUAGUAUGGUCUAGAUUACUGUUGAAUUUGGAAUCUGAAAGAUUUGUUGGUGCAUUAUUAGUUGUUAUGAAACAUAUGAUGAAAGAAUCGGUGAUCUUUUUCUUCUUGCUUAUUCUGAUUCUGAUCGGAUUUCUGCAGGGAUUUUUAGGAUUGGAUUCUUCAGAUGGACGUCGUGAAAUAACUGGACCAAUUCUCUCAAAUCUAGUGAUUACUGUUCUAGGAGGUGGAGGUUUCGACUUGUAUGAGAACUUUGCUCCACCAUACGCAGCUAUACUAUACUAUUCGUAUCAUUUCAUUGUCUCCGUGAUAUUGCUGAAUAUUCUAGUAGCGUUGUAUAGCACUGCAUACCAGAAUGUUACACAGAACAGUACUGAUGAAUACUUGACAUUAAUGGCUCAAAAAACGCUGCGGUAUAUCAGGGCUCCCGAUGAACGUGUUUAUGUCCCUCCUUUCAAUCUAAUUGAGUUGGCUUUAUCUCCCAUCUUGUGGAGACUGUCCCGCUCUAGAGCAAAGCUUCUUAGUCAUUAUGUCUUGAUCAUUUUAUAUUUCCCAAUACUUGCCUGGAUCGCAGUUAAAGAGGUUCGUGAAGCCAAAAGAGUCACUUACAAUAGAUUGAAGAAGCUGCCCGAUGAUGCCAACGAAAUUGAUGUUGCAUGGGACCUAACUGAUGGCUUUGUGGAAGACGAGAGCUUACCGUUCUCUGAGACUACAGAGGGUGGUAUCAAGGCCACUAAUAAGAAAAACCAAUUGGCAUUAAAGUUACAGAGAGAAGCAGAACAACUUGAUCCCAAGUUUCCGGUGCCCAAGACUUGGUUCAAGAAAGUACGCAGUGCAGCGCAACCUGUAAAAGAGGGUUUUCAAACUGGCCUUGGAUGGACGUCUUACGGACUUUAUAAGAAACUGAAUGACGAACAUAAAGAAACAUCCCAGAAAGUCGAUGAGUUAACCAAAAUGGUAAAGGAUUUGACUGAUUUAGUAAGCGAAUUAAAAAAUAAUAGAGGCUAG